AUGGAGUGUCAGUGUGAGAAAGACACCCCUGAGGAUGCAGGCUGGUGGAUGAACACCAACAGUGUCCAGAUGGGACUUUUUACCGUGGUGGGGUAUCUUCUCUACAGGUUCUCACAGACUCUCCCAGCUCUGAUUCGAUGGCCGAUUCGUCUCUUUUGUUCUUUAACUGGUCUGUCAGCUCUUUGGGGGUGGAUAAGUCGGCUUGUGGGAACCCUCCGAGUAAUCCAGACCUUGUUUAAGUGGCUGUCUCGGAUUUGGCGCUUUUUAGCCACAUUUUCCUCAAGGUUCAAGUGGAUCGCUGCUGUCAUCAAAGCCAUCAACAGUCACAGCUUGCUGAACCAAAUGCUUGAUCCCUCUGGCGGCAGCAUUCCCAAGAAACCAGGUCUCAGGCUGGUCCUCCUGGGGCUUCCUGGUGGAGGACGGACUUCCCUAGCAGAUACUUUAAUGAACAACAUUGAGAGAAGCACCAAAAGGGUUCCUCUAAAGGAGAGUACUGUGCAAAAGGCUUUUAUAGAUGGUAGAGAACUUAUAGUAAUUCAGACCCCGGAUCUUUUGGGGACAUCACUAGGGAACAAAGAGAGCGCACUGGAAGUUCUGAGGAGUGUCCAGCUCGCCAGUCCCGGACCACAUGCCUUUCUACUGGUGAUGCGUGCUCCAGGCUUCACCAAGGGGGCUGAGCAGGAUGCUGCCCAAGCAGUCCAAGCCACAAUGGAACUGUUCGGUGUGGAAGUCAAGAGGUACAUUAUCCCAGUGCUCACUCAUGCAGACCGUCUGGGUCGAAGGAACACUUUAGAUCAGCUGCUUGAUGCAGAUGCUGGAAAUCUGAAAAGGGCUGUGGCACUGUGUGGCCAGAGGCCUGAGCUGGUGGAUAACAGUCCCGACCGCCCCGCAGAGGAAAGAAGUGUUACACGCAGGCAGCUGGUGGAGCGUGUGAUGGAGGUAAUGGAGCUGAAGGGGCAUUUUGUCCACGAGCUACAGAGAAGAGAAGACCACAUGAGGGAGGUGCUGCUGGCUGAUAUGACCUCUGCACUGGCUAAAAGACUGGGAUAUAUGUAG